AUGUCUUGGUGGGGGAAAGGCUCAGAUAAACCCAAGGCUCAGGACCCUGAUCCCUCUCCGCCUGCCGCUGCCGCCCAGCCCGCCGAGCCUCGCAAAGAUGCGCCCGCCUUCGACCCGAACAAGCUGCCCGAGCGCAAGCAGCUGCCGCGCGGGCUAAAGAGCAUCGUCGACAGGUCGGACAGGGACGAGAACUUCUUCGACGAGCUGGUCGACGGCUAUGUCCCCGAGAGCACCGAGUCCAACGUGCGUUACGCCGCCUACGCGAACCGCGUGCGCACCAUCAUGCUCUCCGCCCAGCGCUACGUCGCCUACACCUCGGACAUCGGCGAGUCCUUCCGGCCUGUGGCCCACCCCUAUCUCGUGAAGGGCGCCUACGGUGUCUCGUGGGCCUAUAUCCUGGGCGAUGUGAGCUACGAGGGCUACAAGGCCUACUGGCAGAACCAGCGAAAGCUGAACCCGGCCUUGCCGCUCAGUGACCAGGCCCAGAAGGCGACGGGUCUGACGAACCCGCCGACGCCGGAAGCUGUGGAGCAGGUAAAGCCUGGUGUCGUGGCGCCCCUGGAGGACUGGAGGACCGUCAUGCUGCAGCGAGGCAUCUUCCAGAGUCUUGCCAGUAUGGGUUUGCCCGCCUUCACCAUCCACAGCGUGGUCAGGUAUUCGGGCCGGGCGAUGAAGGACGUCAAGAAUGCCAGAUUGCGCACCUGGGGACCGAUCGGUCUGGGCCUGGCCGUUGUGCCCACGUUGCCGUACCUGUUCGAUGAACCGGUCGAGAACGCGGUUGAGUGGGCCUUCCAUAAGGGGUUUGCCCUGUACGGUGGCAAGGACGCUGUUGGCAAUUUGCCAACCACUGGUAGAGAGGACGCGCUGCACAAGCGGCCCAAAGAAAAGGAGUUGUAA